AUGGAAAGCGAGGAAGAACAACACACGACCACGCUGCUUUGCAUGGGGUUUUCGGAUGCAGCCGCCAUCCGAAGGGCCCUCCGCUUGGCCAAGAACGACAUCAACGAGGCCGUGGCGCUGCUCACCAACGAGCGGCCCGGUCUGCACUAUGAGCCCAUGGACAGCGGCGGCGGCGGCGGCGGCGAGACCAGCGGACAGGGAGGCCCCCAGCAAAGCGGCGGCGGCGGCGGCUCGCGCGGUGGAGGAGACGGCGACAGCAGCGGCGGUGUGAACGGUGGGGGCGGCAGCGGCACCAGCGGCUUCGACCCACCCCCUGCCUACCAUGAGGUGGUGGAAAACGAGAAGAAUGACGAAAAUGGGAACUGCUCAGGAGAAGGCAUAGAGUUUCCUACAACGAAUCUUUAUGAAUUAGAGAGCAGAGUAUUAACAGAUCACUGGUCCAUACCAUAUAAGCGGGAAGAAUCUCUUGGCAAAUGUUUAAUUGCAUCAACGUAUCUUGUAAGGCUAGGACUUUCUGAUUCUGAUGAAAAUUGCAGGAGAUUUAUGGAGAGAUGUAUGCCUGAAGCUUUUAAAAAGCUGCUGACAUCAAGUGCAGUUCAUAAAUGGGGUACUGAAAUCCAUGAAGGAAUCUACAAUAUGUUGAUGUUAUUAGUAGAUCUGGCUGCAGAGAGAGUGAAACAAGAUCCUAUUCCUGUUGGACUUCUAUCUGUACUUACAAUGGCUUUUAAUCCUGACAAUGAGUAUCAUUUCAAAAACCGAAUGAAAAUGUGCCAAAGGAACUGGACAGAAAUAUUUGGGGAAGGGAAUCUAUAUGCUGUUUCUCCUAUUUCUGCUUUCCAAAAGGAACCACAUGGAUGGCUAGUAGACUUAGUGAAUAGGUUUGCAGAAUUAGGAGGAUUUUCUGCAAUUCAGUCUAAACUUCAUUCAGAAGACAUUGAACUUGGGGCAGUCUCUUCAUUGGUUCAGCCUUUGGGAGUUUGUGCUGAGUAUCUAAAUUCUUCAGUGGUACAGCCCAUGUUGGAUCCAGUCAUUCAUAAUAUGAUUAAAUACGUUCAAAAUAUUGAAGAAAAAGACCUAAAAGACAAGAAGCUAGUCAGUAUUCCUGAACUCUUGUCUGCCAUCAAGCUCCUCUGUAUGCGGUUUCAGCCUGAUUUAGUAACAGUAGUAGAUGAUCUACGGCUAGAUAUCCUACUACGUAUGUUGAAAUCACCUCAUUUCAGUGCAAAAAUGAACUCUCUAAAAGAAGUAACAAAACUAAUUGAAGAUAGCACUUUAUCCAAAUCGGUAAAAAAUGCAAUAGAUACAGAUCGUUUACUAAACUGGCUAGUAGAAAACUCUGUCCUAUCCAUUGCAUUAGAAGGUAACAUAGAUCAAGCACAAUAUUGUGAUCGCAUCAAGGGAAUUAUUGAGCUAUUGGGCAGCAAGCUAUCUCUGGACGAAUUGACCAAAAUUUGGCGAAUACAGUCAGGACAACCAUCAACUGUGAUAGAGAACAUCCACACUAUUAUUGCAGCAGCUGCUGUGAAGUUCAGCUCAGAUCAGCUAAGUCAUCUUUUUAUCCUUAUUCAGAAGAGUUGGGAGUGUGAGACUGAUAGAGUGCGGCAGAAACUCUUAAGCUUAAUAGGACGUAUUGGACGGGAAGCACGUGUAGAGGCAACCACUGGAAAGGUUCUUGAAGUUCUCUGGGACUUGGCUCAUCUUCCAACACUACCUAGCAGCUUGAUUCAGCAGGCUCUGGAGGAGCAUUUGACAAUCCUUAGUGAUGCAUAUGCAGUAAAGGAGGCAAUCAAAAGAAGCUAUAUCAUCAAAUGUAUAGAAGAUAUUAAGAAGUCAUCCCAGCACAAUAAUCCUCAGAUUGUGUGGGUGGUACCAGCUUUACGCCAACUCCAUGAGAUCACACGGUCGUUUAUUAAACAAACCUACCAAAAGCAAGAUAAGAGCAUUAUUCAAGACUUGAAGAAAAACUUUGAGAUAGUGAAACUGGUAACAGGAAGCUUAAUAGCUUGCCACAGAUUGGCUGCCUCAGUAGCAGGUGCCGGAGGCCUUUCAGGAACAACAUUGGUGGAUGGCCGGUACACCUAUCGGGAGUACUUAGAGGCACACCUCAAAUUUCUGGCAUUUUUUCUUCAAGAGGCCACCCUCUAUUUAGGAUGGAAUCGUGCUCGGGAAAUCUGGGAAUGCCUUGUAACAGGUCAAGAUGUUUGUGAGCUAGAUCGAGAGAUGUGCUUUGAAUGGUUUACAAAAGGACAGCAUGACCUUGAAGGUGACGUGCAGCAGCAGCUUUUUAAAGAAAAAAUUCUUAAAUUGGAGUCCUAUGAAAUCACUAUGAAUGGUUUUGGUUUGUUUAAGACCUUUUUUGAAAAUGUGAAUCUUUGUGAUCAUCGAUUAAAACGACAAGGAACUCAAUUGCAAGUAGAAAAACUGGAAUUAAUAGGAAUGGAUUUUAUUUGGAAAAUUGCAAUGGAGUCACCAGAUGAAGAAAUAGCUAACGAAGCUAUCCAGUUAAUAAUAAACUAUAGUUACAUUAAUUUAAAUCCACGAUUGAAAAAGGAUUCUGUGUCACUCCAUAAGAAAUUCAUUGCUGAUUGUUAUUCAAGAUUAGAAGCAGCCAGUUCAGCUCUUGGUGGCCCAACGCUGACUCAUGCUGUUACCAGAGCUACCAAAAUGCUGACAGCAACUGCCAUGCCCACUGUGGCAACAUCAGUACAAUCUCCAUACAGGUCAACAAAACUUGUAAUAAUUGAGAGACUGCUACUUCUGGCAGAACGCUAUGUUAUCACAAUAGAGGAUCUUUACUCUGUUCCUCGUACUAUUCUACCUCACGGUGCUUCCUUUCAUGGGCAUCUUUUAACUCUCAAUGUUACAUAUGAGUCUACCAAAGAUACAUUUACAGUAGAGGCUCAUAGCAAUGAAACCAUCGGAAGCGUCAGAUGGAAAAUAGCAAAAUUAUUGAAUGCCCCUGUGGACAAUAUUCAAAUCUUUGCCAACGAUAGUUUGUUAACAGUGAAUAAAGAUCAGAAGCUGCUUCAUCAGCUAGGUUUCUCUGAUGAACAAACACUUACUGUAAAAACACUGGGAAGUGGAACUCCAUCAGCAAGUUCUGCCGAUUCAUCAUCCAGCAGCAGUAGCAAUGUCUUCAGUUCAUCAUAUGCAAUGGAACAGGAAAAAUCUCUUCCUGGUGUAGUAAUGGCCCUUGUAUACAAUGUAUUUGAUAUGCUUUACCAGCUUGCUAACCUGGAAGAGCCGAGGAUUACUUUGAGAGUUCGGAGGCUUCUUUUAUUGAUUCCUACGGAUCCAGCUAUUCAGGAAGCUCUUGAUCAAUUAGACUCACUCGGACGAAAGAAAACACUGCUCUCUGAAACAAAUUCUCAAUCUUCAAAAUCUCCUUCUCUGUCUGCAAAGCACCAACACCAGCCUAGUGCAGCUUCAAUACUUGAAAGUCUUUUCAGGUCUUUUGCUCCAGGAAUGUCUACCUUUAGAGUGCUUUAUAAUCUUGAGGUACUGAGUUCCAAGCUAAUGCCUACAGCAGAUGAUGAAAUGGCAAGAAAUUGUGCCAAAUCAUUUUGUGAAAACUUCCUUAGAGCAGGAGGCUUGAGCUUGGUAGUGAAUGUCAUGCAGAGAGAUUCCAUCCCCUCAGAAGUGGACUAUGAAACCAGACAAGGAGUAUAUUCCAUCUGUUUGCAGCUAGCAAGGUUUUUGCUUGUUGGGCAAACAAUGCCAACUUUAUUUGAUGAAGAUGUGACUAAACAUGGAGUGGAAACACUUUCUUCCCGCCCCUUCCGUAACGUGACUCGGCAAACUACCAGGCAGAUGUCAAUCUGUGGAACUCCUGAGAAGUCUUCAUAUCGGCAACUGUCUGUUUCGGACAGGUCCUCCAUUAGAGUAGAGGAGAUAAUUCCUGCAGCACGAGUCGCAAUACAAACCAUGGAUGCUAGUGACUUCACAUCUACAGUUGCUUGUUUCAUGCGACUCUCAUGGGCGGCUGCGGCAGGACGCCUUGAUCUGGUGGGGAGCAGCCAGCCAAUAAAAGAAAGCAACACUUUGUUUCCUGUUGGGAUUCGUAAUCGGCUUAGUAGCUCAGGAAGCAAUUGCAGUUCAGGAAGUGAAGGGGAACCAACCACUCUACAUGCUGGAAUCUGUGUGAGGCAGCAUUCAGUAUCCACCAAAGAUGCACUGAUUGCUGGAGAGGCUUUGUCUCUCUUGGUCACAUGUCUGCAACUUCGUAGCCAACAACUAGGAUCUUUCUACAAUCUCCCUUGUGUUGCUGAUUUUAUCAUAGACAUACUGCUUGGUUCACCAAGUGCUGAGAUUCGUCGUGUUGCCUGUGAUCAAUUAUAUACCCUUAGUCAGACAGAUACAUUGGCUCAUCCUGAGGUUCAGAAACCCAACCAAUUUCUCUUGAGUGUCAUUCUUACAGCUCAGCUGCCCCUUUGGUCACCUACCAGCAUCAUGAGAGGAGUCAACCAGAGACACUUGUCCCAAUGUACGGAAUACUUUGAUCUUAGAUGCCAAUUAUUGGACGAUCUUACAUCUUCAGAAAUGGAACAGCUAAAGAUAAGUCCAGCUGUCAUGUUGGAGGAUGAAAUCACUUGGUUGGAUAAUUUUGAACCUACUCGUGCAGCUGAGUGUGAAACCAGUGAAGCUGACAAUGUGUUAUUGGCAGGACAUUUAAGACUUAUUAAGACUCUUCUCUCACUUUGUGGGGCAGAAAAGGAAAUGCUAGGUUCAUCUUUGAUCAAACCAUUGUUAGAUGACUUCCUCUUCCGAGCAUCCAGGAUUAUCCUGAACAGUCAUUCUCCAGUUGGCAGCAUUGCUGCUACUCAGCAAGAUUUUCACCCAAAAUGCAGCACAGUGAAUAGUCGCUUAGCAGCAUAUGAAGUUCUAGUAAUGUUGGCUGAUAGUUCACCCUCAAAUCUUCAGCUUAUUACAAAAGAAUUGCUUUCUAUGCAUCACCAGCUUGAUCCAGCUCUUUCCAAGGAAUUUGAUUAUCUCCCACCUGUAGAUGGUCGAUCUAUUUAUGGAUUUGUGGGGCUAAAGAACGGUGGAGCUACCUGUUAUAUGAAUGCAGUUUUCCAACAACUGUAUAUGCAGCCAGGUCUACCUGAGGCAUUGCUUUCAAUUGAUGAUAACAUGGACAAUCCUGAUGACAAUGUAUUCUAUCAAGUUCAGUCCCUCUUUGGUUAUUUAAUGGAAAGCAAGCUGCAAUAUUACAUACCGGAAAACUUCUGGAAGAUCUUUAAAAUGUGGAAUAAGGAGCUUUAUGUACGUGAACAGCAAGAUGCUUAUGAAUUCUUCACCAGCCUUAUAGAUCAAAUGGAUGAAUACCUUAAGAAAAUAGGAAGAGACCAGAUCUUUAAAAACACCUUUCAGGGCAUAUAUUCUGAUCAGAAAAUCUGUAAGGAUUGUCCUCACAGGUAUGAACGAGAGGAAGCCUUUAUGGCUCUCAACUUAGGGGUCACUUCAUGUCAAAGUCUAGAAAUUUCACUGGAUCAGUUUGUUAGAGGAGAGAUCCUGGAAGGAAGUAAUGCAUACUACUGUGAGAAAUGUAAAGAAAAGAGAACCACUGUGAAACGGACCUGCAUUAAAGCUCUACCCAGUGUAUUAGUGAUACACCUCAUGAGAUUUGGAUUUGAUUGGGAAAGUGGACGUUCCAUAAAAUACGAUGAACAGAUCAAGUUCCCUUGGAUGCUGAAUAUGGAACCCUAUACAGUUUCAGGAAUGGCUCGCCAAGAUUCUUCUUCAGAAGUUGGUGACAAUGGACGAAAUCUAGAUCAGGGAUGCAAAGGGUCUCCACAGAAGAAAGUGGCUCCUUCAGAAAACUAUGAACUAGUUGGCGUAAUUGUGCACAGCGGUCAAGCCCAUGCAGGCCACUACUAUUCUUUUAUAAAAGAUAGGAGGGGAAGUGCGAAAGGAAAAUGGUAUAAAUUUAAUGACACUGUUGUUGAAGAAUUUGAACUUAAUGAUGAAACUUUGGAGUAUGAAUGUUUUGGAGGAGAGUACAGACCAAAGGUUUAUGAUCAAUCAAACCCAUAUCCUGAUGUUCGCCGUCGCUACUGGAAUGCCUACAUGCUCUUCUAUCAACGAGUCUCUGAACAGAACUCCCCAGUCUUGCCAAAGAAAAGUCGAGUCAGUGUUGUGCGUCAAGAAGCUGAGGAUCUCUCCUUGUCUGCCCCAUCUUCUCCAGAUAUUUCACCACAAUCGUCUCCACGUCCCCACAGACCUAGUAGUGAUCGUCUGUCCAUUUUGACCAAAUUGGUUAAAAAGGGAGAAAAGAAAGGCUUAUUUGUGGAGAAGAUUCCAGUUCGAAUAUAUCAGAUGGUGAGAGAUGAAAACCUGAAAUUUAUGAAGAACAGGGAUGUCUACUGCAGUGACUAUUUUAGUUUUGUUCUGUCACUAGCUUCGUUAAAUGCCACAAAGUUGAAACAUACCCAUUAUCCGUCUAUGGCAAGAGUGAGUUUACAACUAGCAGUCCAAUUUCUGUUCCAAACUUAUCUGCGAACAAAGAAGAAACUCAGGACUGAUACAGAAGAAUGGAUUGCAACUAUUGAUGCUUUAGUUUCUAAAAGUUUUGAUGCUUGUCAGUGGUUAGUUGAAUAUUUAGUUGAAGCUGAAGGACGAGAACUUAUUAAAACGUUUCUGCUGGAAUGCAGUGUAAGAGAAGUGAGAGUUGCUGUAGCCACAAUCCUUGAAAAAACCUUAGACAGUGCCUUGUUUCAUCAAGAAAAGCUAAAAAGCUUGCAUCAGCUAAUAGAAGUGUUGCUGAGUCUAUUGGACAAAGAUGUCCCUGAGAACUGUAAAAAUUGUGCCCAGUAUUUCUUCUUGUUCAACAAUUUUGUACAAAAGCAGGGUAUAAGAGCCUGUGAUCUCCUCCUCAGGCAUAGUGCCUUGAGUCAUAUGAUCCGUUUCCUUCUUGGUCCCAACAGGCAGAAUAACCAGAACCGCAGGUGGAGUUCGGCACAAGCCCGGGAAUUUGGCUUUCUCCAUAAUACUGUGGCACUGUUUGUCUUGCAUUCGGAUGUCUCCUCACAGAGGAAUGUAGCUCCUGGUUUGUUUGCUCUGCAUUCGCCCCUUAGCAUUACUACUUCAGGGCCACUCCUGGCCCUUCAUGAAGAAGUAGAAGCUUUGAUAUUCCUGUCUGAGGGGAAGCCUUAUUUAAUGGAGGUGAUGCAUGCUUUAAGGGAGCUAACUGGAUCCCUGUCGACCCUUAUUGAGAUGGUGGUCUACUGCUGCUUUUGCAAUGAGCACUUUUCCCUUACCAUGUUGCAUUUCAUCAAGAAUCAACUGGAGACAGCUCCACCUCAUGAGCUGAAGAAUAUUUUCCAUCUCUUACAUGAGAUAUUGAUUAUUGAAGAUCCUUUACAAAUAGAGAGGGUCAAAUUUGCAUUUGAGACUGAAAAUGGAUUGCUGGCCCUGAUGCAUCAUAGUAACCACGUGGACAGUAGUCGUUGCUAUCAGUGUGUCAAAUUCUUAGUCACACUUGCUCAAAAAUGCCCUGCUGCUAAAGAUUAUUUUAAGGAGAAUUCUCAUCAUUGGAGUUGGGCUGUUCAGUGGCUUCAAAUAAAGAUGUCUGAACAUUAUUGGGCUCCACAAAGUAAUAUAUCCAAUGAAACCUCAACUGCCAAAACCUUUCAGCGCACUAUUUCUGCACAGGACACACUGGCAUAUGCCACAGCCUUGCUGAAUGAAAAAGAUCAAUCAGGAAGCAGUAAUGGAUCCGAGACCAGUCCGGCCAAUGAGAAUGGAGGCAGACAUCUGCAACAGGGUUCGGUAUCUCCCAUGAUGAUUGGCGAACCUAAAAGUGACCUUGAAGAUGUGGAUACUUAAUUGAUGGCUGCAAGCUGAAGGAGAAAAGCCCCUCUGAAGUGGAGAAUACCCAGCGCCUUUGUGAUAUGGCUGGAAUCCUUUUGUUUUCACUUUUAGAGGAAAAGAAAGUAAAUGCUUUCAAAAGAUUCAAUAGGUACUUUGUAAUGAGUUAAAAGUAUUCUUCAGUGGAGAAGUUCCAGCAUUAGGCUAUGAAAGUCUCCCGGCAUCUGCUCUGAGUCUUAUAAAGAUGCUAGUUUAGGCAUGAGUAAAACAAAACAAAACCCUGUCAAGAUUCCACCCAUUUAAGAACAGUUAUCAAGUUAUUGAAACUUUUAUGUGAACAUUUAAUGAGUGAAUGUAAAACUUUUGCUUUUCUGUGAUGCUGCAAAACAAAAGAAAAAUGAAAAAAAAAAAGACUUGGGUUUUAUACAGAAGAAAAAUCAGAUUGCCUUUACGUAUGAAUGGCAAAUUUUUAAUCUUUUUUUGUUCGUUUGUUUGAAAAUAUUGAAUAGGAAUAUUCAAAAUUAUGUAAAAAAAAUGUGAUUUACACUUGGCAUUGUAAAAUAUUAGUUAAGAAUAAAUUUACACAAGGACUUUUGUAUUUAAUAUGUCUCUAGGUAAUUUGUAUAGUGCUUUACGUAAAGGGUUGUUUUUAAGAGAGCCCUUUUAUGUAAGGAUGAUUAUUCCUUAUGGAAUGGUUUUGGUACAAGUUAGUCUGGAAUUGGUAACCUUUUUUCCUGAUGCUGUGUGCUUAAAGGGUAAGAGCAAUAAAAGAGCUUUGUUUAUUCCAAGAAUACAAUUAUGGCAUCAGUAGGACUUUUUAGAAAAUGAUGAGUAAGUUUAACAAAAAAAAAAGCACUUUAAGACAGAAUUUUAUUGCUGUUUGCCUCCUUAAAUCAUCCUUCUACUACUUGGAGACAUAUUGAAUAAACCGUUGUGUUAAUUAUGUGAUCUGCAAUCAUUUGCUUAUACUUUUAAAUUGAAAAAGUAGAAAUUGGCAUUAUAUGAUUACUGGAGUAAAGUAGGGACGUUUCAAUUCUUAAAAAAAAUUUAACACAGGCAAAGGAUUGCAAGCUGUUUUGCUUAGCUAGGCAGCACUUGAAAUACAAGUGUAAUUCUUUCAUAACUGGAAACAAAUUGAACUUAAUAUGAGUAUGUUUUUGUUUACCACGUGAAAUCUCUUAAAUUACUCUCAACGCUUUUUCCCACACCAAUUUUGAAUCCCAGUUUCUUUUUUUUUUUCCCCACCUUUUUCUUCAUUUGCUUUUCCUUUUGGUUUUGUUCAAGGAUUUUGCCUUAAUUUAUACAAUAUACCAUGCACAUGAACUGGGGGGAGAUGCUCAGAGUGCCUGGACAAUUUGCCAAGUCAAAGGCACAAGCAGCCAAAAAGUGCCUCUUUUUUUUUUCUUUUAUUACUGUUACAAAAACUGAACUGGCACACAAAUUACUUCACUGUUGUGCACUAGUUGUGAAUAUAACAGGUCAUUUCACUGUUGCUGGAAAUAGCUGCACAUCUUCCAGUUGAAAUUCUCUGCCAUACGGGUGAGUCAGAGAAAUACUGUUAACAAUGACGCUUCAGUUGAAUGUCUUCUCUGAAGAUAACACUUUCAAUGAAGUUAGCAGAACUCAGAUAUUUUAUUAAGCCUUCAAACAUUUUAAUACAAUGUUUUAAAAUUUAGAAUAAAUGUUGUUCCUAUCCCAUCCUGACUGUGUCACCCUAUCUUCCAUUUAAUUUAAAUGAAAGUAAGUUAUAGAGCUGACCUGAAGAGAAAGGAAUCGGUCCAAAAUCAUUUAAAUUUGCAUUGUUUCCUAUGGAAAAGGGGAUCUCAUCCCAAAUUGAAGCAGGGCAUUUUUUCAGAAUCACAAGAUGAUCUGUUUCACCGCUAUACUUUCUAAAACCAUUGCAAACUCUUUUCUGCUUCACUCCCAAUUUGUAGAGAGUUAAUGGCUAUGGUUUUCAAAUAUAAUAUUUGGUCA